AUCAAAUGUCUUAACAAAGAUUAAUUCAAUAUCUAUUAUUCUUUUUCUACAUUUGUAAUUUGAAAAGAUUUUGUAGUCAUUUUUCCAUUGUAAUCAAACAAAGUGCAAGUUUCUUGGUGGAGGUCCGUUACACUGUAAAAGUCUCCUAUUGAAUAGUUUUUUUUUUUUUCUUCAUUCAAAAUCCCAAAUUGUUUUUCAGUUGUAAUUUCUUCCACCUCCAUUCGUUUUCUGACAUGGAAAAAAGUCAAAACAUCUUGAAUCGGGAUUUAUAUUUAUUUUAUUUGUAAAAACAAGAGAGAGACUAAAAGAGUUAACUACUCCACGUCAUUAUUUUUUUUUGUUAAGAUAAAUUGUGGAUUUAGGAGAGAGAAUGCAGCUUGAAGAGGAUCCGCAAAACCCACUCCAAAAAAAUAAAAAUAAAAAAAGAUUGGUGAGAAUUUUGUUUUGCAAUUCCCAGAGAAAAAAUAUGAAAUGUAUGGAUGGAUGACUUAUUCAAACUCUCUUGGCGGGAAAGUCAAUUAAAAAUUUAAAACAAACACAUUUUGGCAAGAAAGCAAGUUUUAGCGCCAAAACACGAGUUAUUUUUUUCUUUUACUUUUUCCUAAUCCAAAGCCCUGCUCUCAGAAAGAAAAGGAUGCAAUCAAAGAUCAAUUCAUUCUUCAAACCCUCUGCCUCUUCAGCUCCCAAAUCCCCUGACCAAUCAUCAUCAUCAUCUCCAUUUCCUGAAGAUAUAUUUGGUGGCGACUACAACAACAACAAUGAGACAGAACCAGAGAUCCUCAUUACAUACAAGCGCAGAUCUCCAAACCCAGAUGGUGGGUGCGGUGGAUCGAUUGGUGAAGCGGAGAAGAGACUCAAUUCAGUGAAUUCAUUGUCGAAACCUGCGUUGACUAUAUUGGGGAAAACUCUGAAUAAGAAGAGAAGCUAUGUGCAGUACCAUUUGGAUUUGGGUCAGUCUGAUUUUCUCCUACACACAUGUGCUACAUGUGGAUUCAAGUAUGCUGCUGGUGAUGAAGGGGAUGAAAAGGUUCACAAGACAUUGCACAAGAAUUAUACACAUGGUAUCCAAUUCAAGGGUUGGCGUAACGAAAGAGUUAUUCAGAUUCCUUCAGUUGAAGUUGGUCGUAUUGUUUUGGUUUUGGAAUGUGAUCCUCUUCAUCAGAGAAACAAGGUUCAGGAGGUUGUAAAGAUAAUGGAGAUGGAACUUGGAGAUGGAUGGGUAUAUCAUCAGAGCUGUAAGGUGUAUCUGUUUAUUUCCUCUCAAAGGAUUGCUGGUUGUCUGGUUGCGGAACCAAUAAAGAAGGCCUAUAAGAUGCUCUCAACCUUGGUGGAUGGAAGAUCAGAUGGUACUGGCACGAAGGAAAAAAGAUCAAUUCCAGCCACCCUCCAAUUUGGUGAAGUGAGCUUUCAGAGGGAAUUGAUAAGAAGAACCUCUUAUAUCAGUAGUACUGAGUUGUCGGAUGGGAACCUCAAUGGGGCAAUGUUCUGUGAAAAGGAAGCUGUACCUGCUCUAUGUGGCAUUAGAGCCAUUUGGGUCACUCCCUUUAACAGAAGAAAACAUGUUGCCAGCCAUUUACUUGAUGCUACCAGGAGAAGUUUCAGGGAGGGAGUUGUCCUGGACCACUCCCAGUUGGCAUUCUCCCAGCCGACCAUAGCUGGAAAGGCAUUGGCAUCGAAAUAUACAGGCACUAGCUCAUUCUUGGUGUACAAAACCAGUGACUUGGACAACUAGGUUGGUUUACAUAUCAUAGAUAAAUUGCCCAACCUCCAUCAACCAUUGGAUUAAGUUAUCUCCUUCUUUGCAUGCUGCUAUACUAUAUAAUGGAGAGAUGAUGUAUUUAGACCUACAAUCAUGAUGAAAUGGAUACCUUCUUCUGUGGCCUGCUCUUCAUAGUCAUCUCUAUGUAAAUGUCAACAAGCAUAUGAGUUUCCUCCAUUUCAGAUUGAUUUACAAUUUGUUCAAAAAAAUGUACCCUCCUUUUUUCUUUCUUUUUACUUGACUGAUUUAAGUUUUGAAGGGCAGGCCUUGAGGAGAACACUUUAGCACUGCCACAGCAUCAAGGAAAAACUGCCAAAGUGUUGAGAUUCCGUGUGUGGUUAAUGGAUUACUAAUUUGCUGCAUCCUAACUGACUUGUUUCUGAAUUGGUAAAUUUCUUUUGUUUCUCUUUUCAUUUGUAGUUGGUAACUGCACUGUUAUAAUGUCUCCAUGUUGUCUUUUUCA